CUGAAGCUCAAAAUAGCUGGUAAAAUAUGUGUAUGUAUAUUUUAUGUUUCCAGAGAAUGUGAUUGUGUUUUCACUUGAGGGUUUGUCGCUCAAAAUUGUGCUGCAUCAUGGAAAACCUCACGCCAGAACAAUGGCGCGAGAUAAUGAACAAGAAGAUGCAGUUCCCUCCGGAGCUCAUCGGUGCCAUUCAGGAAGGGAAAAUAGAUCUGCUGUGUGGACUGUUGAAGACCGGCGACGGCAUCAUCCGCCAGCUGGAUGAAUCUGAGGACCGCCAGUGGAGAGAAGCCCUCAACCUGUCCAUCCGCCUGGGCAGCAGCGAUGCCAUGGUCGCCCUCCUGCAAGGGGUCAAGUUUGACUUCCGUCAGAUUCACGAGGCACUGCUGGUCGCUGUGGAUACCAACCAGCCCCGAGUGGUGCAGCGUCUGCUGGACCGGCUAGACCAAGAGAAGGGCAACAAGAUGGACGUGCGCUCCUUCUCUCAGGCCAUCUAUGACCACUCUAUUGACAACUCCCAGUUUGCCCCUGGUGUGACCCCCCUGACCUUAGCCUGCCAGAAAGACCUGUAUGACAUAGUGACCAUGCUCAGCCAAAAAGGCCACGUCAUCCCAUGGCCACAUAAGAUAUCCUGUGCCUGUCUGGAGUGUCGUAACGGGCGGCAGUAUGACCUGUUGAAGUUCUCCUUGUCUCGUAUCAACACCUACCGUGGCAUCGCCAGCCGGGCCUACUUGUCCAUCACCUCUGACGAUGCCAUGCUCACCGCGUUCAGUCUCAGCAAAGAGCUGCGCAAGCUCUCGCAGAAAGAGCCAGAGUUCAAGCCUCAGUACCUGGACUUGGAGCAACUCUGUCAGGAGUUUGCCGUCGAGUUGCUGGGCAUGUGUCGCAACCAGAGCGAGGUGACCACGAUCCUCAACAGCUGUGGAGACGAGAGCCAGGAUUCCUUGGAGGAGCAGGCCUUUGAGGAGGGAAUACCCAACCUCUCCCGACUGCGGCUCGCUGUCAACUUUAACCAGAAGCAGUUUGUGGCACACCCGAUCUGCCAGCAGGUGCUUUCAUCAAUCUGGUGUGGGAACCUGUCAGGCUGGAGAGGCAGCAGGACGGCCUGGAAGCUGUUUGUCUCGGUGGGGAUCUUUCUCACCAUGCCUCUCCUCUGCCUCGUCUACUGGAUCGCACCAAAGUCAAAGGUAGGAAAGACCAUAAGGAUUCCCGUGAUCAAGUUCCUCCUUCACUCUGCCUCCUAUCUGUGGUUUCUCAUCACAUUACUUGGAGAAUCAAUAACAAUGGAGAUGUAUCGAGACAAAUUUGCAUCCAGGCAGCAGAACAUCCUGCACAGCUCCUUCCACAUGGUGUGGGUGGUGGGAUUCUUUUGGUAUGAGUGUAAGGAAGUGUGGAUCGAGGGGCUGCGGAGUUACUUCCUGGAUUGGUGGAACUGCCUGGACAUGAUGGUGCUCAGCAUGUACCUGGCGUCCUUUGCACUACGCGUUCUUAUCAUGCUCAAAGGUUAUUUCCUCUGCCAUGAUCACGACGGCACAGAGGACUGCGUUUAUUUCACCCAGACUGUGCGUGAGGACUGGCACCAGGAGGACCCGCAGCUGAUUGCAGAGGUGCUGUUUGCAGUCACCAGCAUGUUGAGCUUCACGCGGCUGGCGUACAUCCUGCCAGCACACGAGUCUCUUGGAACUCUGCAGAUCUCCAUAGGAAAGAUGAUUGAUGAUAUGAUGAGAUUCAUGUUUAUAUUGAUGAUCAUUGGAACAGCCUUCCUCUGUGGCAUCAACAACGUCUACGUGCCGUACGUCAUCUCUCCACAUCUUGGCAGGUUUAACGAGACGUUCCACUUCUUAUUCUGGACCAUGUUUGGUGUGGCCAACCAGGACUACGUGGACAUGCCACGGUUUGCGUUAGCAGAGUUCGUGGGGAGGAUUCUGUACGGAAUCUUCACGCUCGUCAUUGUCAUCGUCCUUCUCAACAUGCUCAUUGCCAUGAUCACCAACUCCUUUCAGAAGAUUGAGGAUGAUGCAGAUGUUGAGUGGAAGUUUGCCCGCUCUAAGCUGUACCUCAGUUACUUCAGAGAGGGGCUCACCAUGCCCGUGCCCUUCAACAUCAUCCCCUCACCCAAAGCCGCCUUUUACAUCUUACGAGGUAUCUUCAGACGAAUGUGCUGCUGCUGCACCUGUAAUUCUGAGCAAAAAUAUCCACCUAUAACCUCUAUGUGCAAUGAUAAGGGAUCUGAGGCCAGCCAGUUACCUUACCGGCAGCAAGUGAUCCGGGCCCUGGUGCAGCGCUACAUCGAGUCAGCUCGCAGGGAGUUCGAGGAGACCAAGAGGAAAGACAUUGGUAAUCGCAUCACUUUGCUGAGCAAAGUGGUCUGCAGGAUGCACAGUGAUUUGAAGUUGGUCCAGCAGCAGCUGCUGGUGGAUGAUGAACAGUCUGCAAAUGAUGCAUUGACAAAGGAUGGCUCCUCCAUACUGGGGAAAUACAUCAUCGGUGCCAAGAACAAUUUCAGAGGUUUCAACAGCAGAGAAGAGGGCAAAAACCCAUCUCUUGAAGUGACAGUGCACCACGAAGAGGUUGAGGUGGAUAAAGAAAAGGUUGACGCGGACACAAAACAGGAGUCAGACCCACAGCAGAAUCAGGCGGGCAAAUGUGGAGCGGAGGGAUCAAGGCAGGUAACAGACUGUGACGUGGUGAAGAUGGAGGAAGGCAGAGCUAAAGUAGACCCAGGGAAUGAGAGGGAAAUUGAGAAAAAACAGCAGGUGGAAGCAGAAAAAAAUGAAAACACUGAGAUUAAAGCGAGAGAGGAGGGAGCAGCCGGGACAAGUUUGGAUACUGUUGAAGAAAGGGUCGCACAGGAUGAGGCGGGGAAAAUAAGGGAAGGAGAGAGACUUGCAGGGGGCAAGGUGGGUGAAAACCCCAAAGAGGCCACUACUGAACGAGCUGAGAGCACCAGCGACGACAAGACAGACACACAAAAAUUAGUGACCAAGUUCAAAGACAUAGAGCUGCAAGAAAAAAAAGUGGAUGCGAGACGGGUGAAGAGCAGAAAGUUGGAGCACAAUGAAACAGAGACUAAACCCGGAGCCAAGAAAAACAUCCCCUCGCCGACGGGCAGCAGCAGCUCCCAGGACACUGGGUUCGGUUCACAAGAAGGGGAGGGGUCAAUCGACGGGUUGCUAGUGAGACCGUAACCUUAGUGACGUCCCAUUUAAAAGACUUUUUCAUGGUUUGGCCCUUUUUUCACCUCAUCCAAUGUUAUGGGGAGAGAGUGUGUGCUGUGGCUGAGAUAUGCUUGAAGACAUGUGAUUUCAACAGACAACAGCACUUUGGUAUUUCCAAGGCCUGCAGCUCUAUUUUUUUUGUAUUUGUUAUUUAUCACUUAUUCUACCAGGAAGGUCCCAUUGAGAUACAAUAUCUCUUCUUCCAGGGAGUAAAACCUAUAUAUCUAUACUUUUGGCUCCGCUUGUGACGGGGUAAAGGUCGUGUACACCACUUUUCAACAGCUACAAACCAAGUAUUUUUACAGCACACUCGACCCCCUCUGAAUCUAGAUUGGCCAAAAUUUCCCCUUCAGCAACACUUGAGGUCCGCGACAAGGUUUCUUGGGCACGAAGUGCCAGUAAAGGAAAUGUCCGUUUGGAUAUUUUAUAAUCUACUUGGCCUGUUAUAAUGAAAUUCCCCAUAAUGUUAUACUGAAAACACAUCUAUGCUGCCAGGAGAUUUGAUUUUAACGAUCGAUACUCUCAUAUUGUAAGGCAAUGAUGAAUAUUGCUGCCUCUUGGGGUUGUCAGCACAUUUUAAGGACUGUCAACAGGACUGUUACACGUAGAUUUCUCUCUCUUCUUAAAAUGUAAUUCUUUUUCUUUUCUUUUUUGCUAUUCUUACGACUCAUCAAUCAGGUCUAGAUUUUUUAUUUAGUCAUGAAACCAACAUUUUUAUUCUGCUUUAGAAACAAAUGACAAUUUAGAUUUUUAAUCUAGAUUCAUUUUUGUGAAUAAUGCUUGUCUCUUGUAACUACCUUUAUCUCUUUCUUUCUUAUCACAUGUUGAAAUGACCAAUGUUUGUAACUCUGAAUAAAAAGGUAUGUACAGUAAAUAGUUUACCAUAGCAGGCAAAAUACACUAGUACAUCUUUAUAAGCAUCAGCAGCAGUAAACUUUUCAGUGCUUUAUGAUUAGGAGAUGCACUAAUUCUGUAACCAUCUGAAACGUCAAAAUAUGGGGGUGGGGUUUAUUUGUCACAUUAGGGCAAGUCUGUCUGUUGAACUGCUCAUUUACACCGGGUGUCUCUGUCCUCCUCACUGCCAUUUUCCAAGCUCAGUUUAAUAGCAAAGAUUAUCUGUCUGUCACUUUCUCUUUACAUGAAAAAAGCCUUGUGUUCAAAUAACGUGUUGCACUGUAACGUUUCUUUGAAAACAAUUAAACACUUAAAAUUUGAAUUAGCCUCUGUGUGUUUGUGUUUAACGAAUGUUUCCUCUGUGUUGGCUGAAAGUUGUGAAUUAAUGUUGCUUCAGUGUUCCUCUUCAGCAGGCGGCAAACCGACACCUGGU